AGAAAUCACAAGACCAACCAUAGACAAUUUUCUGUAUCAUCCAUUUGUCUUCUGUCAUCAGGUGAUCGUGAGCAAAAUCCUCGAAAAAUAGUAAAAUCGCCUAAAAUUUUAUAGUUCACCAUGUCGGGGAAAGAUAGAUUAGCGAUUUUCCCGUCUCGGGGUGCUCAGAUGUUGAUAAAAGCCCGUCUGGCUGGUGCGCAGAAGGGCCAUGGUCUCCUCAAGAAGAAGGCUGAUGCCUUGCAAGUGAGGUUCCGUAUGAUUCUCGGCAAAAUUAUCGAGACUAAGACUCUGAUGGGAGAAGUGAUGAAGGAGGCUGCGUUCUCCCUCGCCGAAGCCAAGUUCACCACUGGAGACUUCAACCAAGUGGUCCUGCAGAACGUCACUAAAGCACAGAUCAAGAUCCGCUCCAAGAAAGACAAUGUUGCUGGUGUGACCCUGCCAAUAUUCGAGUCGUACACGGACGGCACAGACACGUACGAGCUGGCCGGUCUGGCCCGAGGUGGACAACAGCUCGCUAAGCUCAAGAAGAACUUCCAGAGUGCGGUCAAGCUGCUCGUGGAGCUGGCUUCGCUGCAGACCUCGUUUGUGACGCUGGACGAAGUGAUUAAGAUCACUAACAGGCGUGUGAACGCUAUUGAGCAUGUGAUAAUCCCCCGCCUGGAGCGCACGCUGCAGUACAUCAUCUCGGAGCUGGACGAGGUGGAGCGCGAGGAGUUCUACCGCCUCAAGAAGAUCCAGGACAAGAAGAAGAUCAUCAAGGACAAGGCCGAGGCGAUAAAGAAAGAGAAGCGCGCCCAAGGCACGGACCUGCGCGACUCCGCCAAUCUACUCGACGAGGGGGACGAAGACCUGCUGUUCUAGACUGUGUGUGCAGUAAACCGUUACUUUUGCCUACCUAGCUGCGAGUAGAUACACUGUUAUAGUAUAACAAGGGUGGUUGUAGAAGCUCCGAAUAAUAUAUACCUACUUAACUUCUGUUCUGACUACAAUAUCUGAAAAAAUCUAAACGAGAAUACUAAUUUACCGACAAGAUCGAAGUCUUGGGUUUCUUUAUAGACGGAAAGAAUAUUGUUAUACCUAUAAAAUUCAUGAUAUUAUGGUCUCUAAGCCCUAUAUGUAAUACAAAUUAUAAGCGUAUGCAAAUUUAAAUGUUCGUAAUUCGUAGUAGUUACUAACGGUGUUCAAUGUACAUAAAUUGUUAAGUCCUGCAGUAUAUUGCUCGCAAUUCUUGCAAUUAUUGGGAGUUCCGUUUAAAAAUUGUAGGGUUUUAAACGAUCUCUCAACAUUUACCCAAAGUAAGAAUUGUGCAGAGUAACAAAUCUAAGAAACUACAUAUUUGAUAUCACUAAGAGAAAUCUAUGUUAUCAUACUAUACUAAUAUCGGAAAUUGCAUGCACAAGUGUAAAAUAUUCUUAGGUUUGUUCCCCUGUAGUUUAAAUAGCAGGCAUACGGUUUGUUUAAGAGUAAAUGCGUAUAUAUUGGUCUGGCUACUGGCUACGUAUUUUGUAAGCAUUCCACCAGGUUUUCAAUAGAUAAUUUAAAGGUUCUAGAGUAAGCUUUUAUGCCGGCACAGUAUAAGUACAUCCAAUGAAGUAUUUAAUUGUUUUUUUUGAAAUGUUGUUCAAUGAUAUAUUAAAUAAUUUAAGUAAGCAAUCAUGUAAAUACAAGUUUGUGAAAGAAAUAUUAAAUCUAAUUAUUAUUGAA